CACACUCUCACACAUGAAACAGUACAAGAAAAAGGACAAAGAAUUGGCAGCUGUUUACUGAAACUAACUCCAUUUCCCUUUUCCAUACAAUCUCCACCUCUUCAAAUUCCAUUUUACACUCUCUUCACUUUACCCCUUCAAUCUUCACGAGCGUCGGCAAAUUUUCUGACCCACAAUACCAAAACCUGUUUUUUUUUUUAAAAUCAAGAUUUCACUUUUAUCUUCAUGGUUGAAGAAUUCAAGAAACCCCACUUCAUCUGAAAAAGCUUGGGGAAAUAGAGUUAUUAAUGGAUAAUGUAAAAACGGAGAUGUUUUGCUUGUAUGUGCUGUUUAUGGUGUUACUACUGUUAUGUGAUAGUGAUGCUGCACAAGCUGAACAGGGCAUGUCUCUUUCUUCCCAAAAAUUUGAGAUUCAAAAACAUUUGAAUCGUUUAAACAAACCUGCUGUCAAAUCUAUCAAGAGCCCAGAUGGUGAUAUAAUCGAUUGUGUUCAUAUAUCUCACCAACCAGCUUUUGAUCAUCCUUUAUUGAAGAAUCACACCGUACAGAUGAUGCCAAAUUAUCAUCCAGAAGGGCUAUUUCGUGAUGGGAAAAUGUCUACUGCAGCAAAGAAUAAGAAUAAUGGAUCAAAAUCAAUUAAUCAACUAUGGCAUUUGAAUGGGAAAUGCCCAGAAGGAACCAUUCCAAUUAGAAGAACAAAAAAAGAUGACAUUUUAAGAGCAAGUAAUAUGAAAAGUUAUGGUAGGAAAACAAAUUUUUCUACCAUUUCUAAACCAGAGUCUGGUAGACCUGGUGGUGUUGGUAACCAAAAUGGUCAUCAGCAUGCAAUAGCUUAUGUUGAAGGAGAUGAGUAUUAUGGUGCAAAAGCUACUAUAAAUGUUUGGCAACCUAAAAUUCAGCAACCCAAUGAGUUUAGUUUGUCUCAGAUUUGGCUUCUUGCUGGUUCUUUUGAUUCAGAUCUUAAUAGUAUUGAAGCUGGAUGGCAGGUUAGUCCAGAUUUAUAUGGAGAUAACAAUGCAAGACUUUUUACUUACUGGACUAGUGAUGCUUAUCAAGCCACAGGCUGCUACAACUUGCUAUGUUCAGGUUUUAUUCAAAUCAAUAAUGAAAUAGCAAUGGGGGCCACCAUUUCCCCUCUUUCUAGCUAUCAUGGUUCACAAUAUGAUAUAAGCAUUCUUGUCUGGAAGGACCCAAAAGAGGGGAACUGGUGGAUGCAAUUUGGGAAUGACUAUGUACUGGGAUAUUGGCCAGGCUUUUUAUUUUCAUACUUAACAGACAGUGCUUCAAUGAUUGAAUGGGGUGGGGAAGUGGUGAAUUCAGAAUCUGAUGGUCUUCACACCACAACUCAAAUGGGGAGUGGCCAUUUCCCUGACGAAGGAUUCGGAAAAUCGAGCUAUUUCAGGAAUAUACAGGUAGUUGAUGAAUCGAAUAACUUGAGAGCUCCUCAAGAUCUUGGGACUUACACUGAGGAUAACAAUUGUUAUGACGUUCAGCUAGGGAAGAAUAAUGACUGGGGUAACUACUUUUACUAUGGUGGACCUGGUAGAAAUGCUAAUUGUCCAUGACCACGAUUCGAAAAUGUUUCUUUUUCUUUGUAAUCUUGACAUGAAUUUCUUGUAUGUUCAUUGUUUUACUCUUUGUAAAACUUUUGUUUUAGAGGGGGCUAUAGGUUAGUUGCAUCAAAAAUGUGUAUGCAUCUUUGAUCUUUAAUUGUAUGAAAAGUUCUUUCGCUUUUUUUUUUUCCGAAGGUGUCUGUCUCUGCAUGAAAAGUUGUUGGAGAUAGAAUGGAGGUUGAAAAUAUAUAUGUAAACUUGUUACUGUUUGUUUGUUCCUGUCUUAGGAGCUAGCUAUCAAUGGAGGAGAUUCAUAUGUUGUUGUAA